AUGAAAACGCUGGACAAAGAACCAGUAAAGUCACAAUUAACAAAACAUGAUGCCUGGAGAGAAGGGCCACAUCAAAAUACAGACUUGACUUUAAAGCCAGAGGAGCUACCUAACAUUAGAGACCACCCAUCCGUCUUGGGCAAAGAAUGGUGUGGAAUAUUUGAAACCAAGGUAGAUUUCAAGAUCCAGCAUUUUAUGACUGCAAUGUCUAACUUGAUAAAUAGUCCAAAUAUCAACUCUACAGUUAUACUUCGUGCAGAUAUUUUGCGAGAAAAGAAAUACACCUAUGUUUCUGAAUCUGACGACUUCGAAGUUGAAAAUUUUGUCAACCCUUUGAUAGAUUCAGAACCCCUAUUGGCCGAACCCUGUGAGACAGUUUUAACCAAAAAUUUGGAUGACACUGAAAUAAGGCAGGUUCCUUUAGAUGAAAAUUUCAAACCUUCUGUUGAAAUAGUUCGGAGAAUGAUUCCAAGGAAUCCCUCUAAAGAUUACAUUAUAAACCAGACAUGUUUGAUAUUGAAUAACAGUAAAACAAACUCAACAUUAGUCCUGUAUACCCCUCACAUUUCAACCCCAGAAGACAUUCCUUUCUAUUUACCACCGGCUCGCUCAAUCGGUAUUUUAUUCAACUCUGAAAAAUCUACACUUUCCAUUUCUUAUCUCCCAUUUGAGUCCCAAAAACCAGAUAUUUUUAAAACAAUGGCUCCCUCUGAACGUCCGAUUAGAAUAGCGUAUCGUCUUAUGGGGACCGCUAAAAAACAUUCAAACGGUGUAAUGAAUGGCUACACUAAGCGUGUAAAUCAUGACCAAGUUGUCCCUAAACAGCUCUUCCAAGACCGUUAUAUAGCAUUGAAGCAGAAAUAUGCAAAAGUGUUAGUUGAUAACUGGAGUGAGUCCACAGACCCAAGAAAACAUGUAUUUGAAGAUAUUGCAAUUGCUGCGUUUCUGAUAGAAUUUUGGAACUCAAUUUACUCCUCAAAACAAUCCUUUGAGUUUCGUGAUUUAGGUUGCGGCAAUGGUAUAUUAGUAUACAUUUUAACAAUGGAAGGUUAUAGAGGUGAAGGAAUAGACGCUCGAGCUCGGAAAUCAUGGGAUUCGUUCCCAGAUAAUGUCAAGGCAUGUUUGAAAGAGCAAGUGUUGAUUCCUUCAGUUCUUUUGCGACCACAUCCAAUGGCAUACGCUCAGAAUUCAAUGCUGACAGAUAAUGGGCAAACAUGGAAAGUUCCAAUUUACGAUAAAGUACAACAUCAAGGAAGUAUUAAAAACAGUGGGAAGAGUAUUCAAUUGGUUGAAUGCUACACGAGUAGUGAAUUGUUGAAUGAGCCAAAAGUUAAUGUUGCUGAAUUCCCAUCGAACACAUUUAUCAUAGGGAACCACUCUGAUGAAUUAACUUGCUGGAUCCCACUGCUAGGUUAUCCUUUCAUGGUGAUACCUUGCUGUUCGCACAAUUUGAAUGGUGACAAGACACGAUAUCCAGUUAUCAAGGGCUUGAAUGGUAGAGGCUCACAUGAAGGGAAUUCCACAUAUCAAGGGCUUGUAGAUCAUGUUGAAUACCUUGCAUUGCUUUGCGGCUGGAAAGUUGAGAGAGAGAUGUUAAGAAUACCAUCAACAAGAAACUCGGCUGUUAUAUGCUAUCAAAACAACGAAUUUGGUAGUAAAUCCAUCUAUGAAAUGAUAGCAAUGGAAGGUGGUGCGCACAAAUGGGUUGAAAAUACCAUGGCCUUGAUGAAGAAAAGACCUAGAGAUCAUUAA